AUGCCAAAGGGAGACAAUCGCACUAAAAAAGCCGAAUACUUUGGCAAGCUCAAAUCUUUACUGGAAGAGUAUCCUUCCAUUUUUAUCGUGAACGUCGACAAUGUGGGAUCCAAUCAAAUGCAUCAGAUUCGUCAUUCUCUCCGUGGUAAAGCUAUCAUCCUAAUGGGAAAGAACACUAUGGUCAGAAGGGCUCUUAAAACCUUAAUUACUGAAAAUCCUCAGCACGAUAAGCUGUUGCCUCAUGUCAAAGGAAACAUUGGUUUUGUGUUUACAAAGGGUGAUUUAAAAGAGACGCGGGAUGUGAUCUUAUCCAAUAGGGUUCGUGCACCUGCUAAAGCUGGUGCUGUCGCGCCUAUUGAUGUAAUUGUGCCUGGUGGUAACACUGGUAUGGAACCCGGCAAGACCUCUUUCUUCCAAGCUUUAGGUGUCCCGACCAAAAUUGCACGUGGUACUAUCGAAAUUAUCAACGAUGUGCAUCUCGUGAAAGCUGGAGGGAAAGUUGGUCCUUCCGAGGCUACAUUAUUGAAUAUGUUGAAUAUUUCCCCUUUUACAUACGGAUUGACCGUUCUUCAAAUAUAUGACAACGGCACCACCUUCCAUCCAUCUGUUCUCGACAUCGAGGAAUCAACCUUGAUUGACAAUUUUAUGAGCAGCGUUAAAACUGUUGCUGCUAUCGCCCUUCAGAUAGGAUACCCAACAGUCGUCUCUGCUCCCCACUCUUUGAUCAAUGCUUACAAGAAUUUGCUGGCUAUUUCAGUUGCUACCAACUACACUUUCCCCGGCUCCGAAAAGAUCAAGGCAUAUCUCGCAGACCCGUCUGCAUUUGCUGUUGCUGCACCAGUUGCAGAGACCACUACCACCACUACUGCCAAGAAAGAAGAUGCUGCUUCCGCCAAGGAACCUGAACCGGAAGAUUCGGAUGACGAUAUGAUGUUGGACAUUUUCGGUUAG